AAGCACAGUAAAGGAGAGCAGAACAAACUCCUAACAGGAGGAGAGUCACUCAUGGCUAAUGAGACAGAGAAUCAUGAGACUCUAUAUUGCUUUCCUGCCAUCAACUCAUCGUGCAUCAAGGGAAAACGCUCCAGUUUUGAACAUAAUAUCAUCUAUAUGUUUGUAUUAUUGCUGUCAGCCUGGACUGUGUUUCUGAACCUGCUGGUGAUCAUCUCUAUCUCUCACUUCAAGAAGCUUCACACUCCAACCAACCUGAUCAUUCUCUCUCUAGCUGUGUCCGACAUGCUUGUUGGAAUUUUUGUGAUACCCAUAGAGGGAAUCAAGCAAAUUGAGACAUGUUGGUACUUCGGAGACACUUACUGCGGACUGUUUGUGAUCAUCGUUAGGUUGCUCCUUAUUACAUCUCUUAGUAAUUUGGUAUUAAUUGCUGUGGAUCGUUAUCUGGCUGUUUGUCAUCCUUUACUGUACCCACAGAAAAUGACUACAACUAAAACUUUAAUAAGCAUCUGUCUCUGCUGGUUUUGCUGUUCAAUGUACAUUAUUUGGUUUGUAAUAAGUAACAGAUAUUUUAAUAUGUCAGACAUAAUACUGUGUUAUGGCCAGUGUAUUGUUUUGAUGACACCUGUUUGGAGAUUAAUUGAUUUAAUAGUGUCUUUUUUAUUUCCUUGUACUGUGAUCAUCACUGCAUAUUUGAGGAUAUUUUAUGUUGUGCAGAGGCAAGUCAGGGUUAUUAACUCUCAAAUGAAUGGUGUAAAAUGUGUAAUGGACAUUUCAGUGAGGAGGAAAACUGAGAGCAAAGCUGCUCUGACAUUAGGAAUCAUUGUGACAGCUUAUCUGCUUUGCUGGAUUCCAUUCUUCAUCUGUUCUCAAACAAAAACAGUUUCCUCCACUACACUGACAUUUCUAACAUGGACCAUCUAUGUAAACUCAGGUCUGAAUCCUAUUGUCUAUGCUUUAUUUUACCACUGGUUUAAAAUAUCGGUUAAAAACAUUCUAACUCUUAGAAUUUUUCAGCCAGCAUCCUCUCUGAUGGACAUUUUUACUGAUUGUCAUUAAUGAUUUUCAGUGGGGAUUUAUUUGUUUUAUUUUAUGUUCUUACCUAGACACCCUCUGAGAUCAAUCCAAAAAUUACAGCAUGGAAAUGUAUUCACAUGCUCAGAUAUAGGAAUUACAUAUAAAAUAAUCAAUAAUAACUAAAUAUUAAAGGGAAGUUAAAACAAACUUUUGAAAAUGGACUUCAUUUACUGUUCAAAACCUGUAUGUAAUUUUUGAACAUUAAGUCACGGUCUCGGUCACCUUUCACUUACUGUACAUUGUAUGGGGAAAAAAAUGAAAUGAUCAAGAAAUAAAGCUUUUUUUCUCUCAAAUUCUCAAAAUCAUGUGCACUCAAACUUCUACAACUAAUACAGAACACAGCAGCAUGUCUAGUCUUCAUUGAGCCCACGUCACACCUCUGUAAUGGCUACCAGUUACAGCUCACAUCAAGUUUAAGACAAUGAUGCUUGAAUACAGAAUGGGCAUCAACUCCGCACCUUCCUACUUCACCUUAAUCUUACCAGUCUACUUUCCAUCCAGAAAGGUCAGAGAGGUCAGAUUUCAAACAUUUUCGUUCACUGUCCACUGCUGGUGGCAUGAUCUUCCCAACCCCAUCCCCAACAGCCAAAUCCCUGACUAUAUUCAAAAAAAAGCUUAAAACUAAUCUUUCCCAUGAGCACUUAACUGCAUCCUGCUGAACGUUGUCAAACUUUGUAUUACUAGCACUUCUUAUGUUUAUGUAGUACCCCUGGAAAGAAGAAAAUGAUUAUAAUUUAAUGUAAAAUACAAUGGGCUCUGCAAAUGGCAGUGUGGGUGGGCCUCUAUCAAGGUAGUCUCAUGGGUUGAUCUGACAUGUACAAUUACAUGUCUUUGUUCAGUUUGUUUACUAUUACAGAUGUCAGAAAACAUCAAUUAUGUGCCAACUUUGAAGACCAAUUAUAAUUUUGAUUUAUGUUUUUCAUGUAUUGUUGCUCCAGAGACGAUUCUCCACUACACUCAUUAAAGGUGUGAAAUACUGUAGAAAUGCACACACGCACACACACACACACACACACACACACACAUGGAGUGAUGCAAUAGCUCCUCCAUGAUCAUAAUAAAUGCUGACAUAAACAGGUGGUUACAAAAAGGCCACAGACAGUGUUGUCAAACUACAAACAUUAAAAUUUUCUUCACUCCAUAAGCAUUACAAGCCUGUCAGGAUUCAUGUGCAGUGAAUCUCAA